UUUCCAUCGAAUUCCUAAACCAGGAGGAGCCAAUACGGAAAAAUGCCGUCAGUGGGCAAGUUGGCUUUACCCACAAAGUAACUGGGAGUCUGAAUCUGAUCUACUGGCCCUGUACAAAAAGUCGAGAGUUGUUUGCUCAAGUCAUUUUACCGAAGCAGACUUUUCGGACAAUGUGCGUCGAACACUGCGUAGAGCUGCUGUACCUCAUGUCACAUCCACGGAUAAAUCCACUGUGGAUAAUGCACCAAAUACACCUGCUGAUGAGCAGCCAAGAGGAGAAGUUUGUGCUUCAGUUACCACUCCCCAAAAAGCUGCAGUUCAAUCAAGUAUCGAGACAACCCCUCGUAGAGUCUGCUUCUCUGACCAGCGAACUCCGAUACCAAGCACUCCAAAUGACAGGCAUGGUGGUGAGGCAGAACCUGAGAUGCGGACCCCUGAAUGUGCCGCUUCAGCUUGUACUCCACCUUUGGCUUCAUCAAGAUCGGCCACAAACAAAGCUGGAGCUCCCAGAACCAUAUUGCGUUCGAUAAAUGUCACCAGGGCUGCUCACAUGACUCCCCGCAAGCAAGUCCUGUAUGCCAGCUGGAAAAAGCAGGCUCGAGAAAUCCGCAGGCUUCAGAAAAAGGCAAAGUCAUGCAAGCCGACAACUACCCUUCUGGACAUUAACUCCAGCCUAAUGAACAGCAAACUGGGCAGUAAAAUGUCCCCAGCUGCUGUAGCAUUCAUUGAAUCACAAAUUAGAACUGCUGGGAAGAAGCCUAAAGGUAGACGAUGGACCUUAGAAGAUAAACUCCUCGCAUUGACAAUUUAUAAAAAGUCACCAUCCGGGUACCGCUUUCUGCGUAAACUGUUUUCUCUGCCCUGCCCGAGCACAUUGAACAGUCUCCUCAACAACUUUCCGCUGAGACCCGGAAUCAGCGAUGAAGUGCUAUCUUCCCUCGCAAAUACUGUAAAAACCAUGAAGAAAGGAGAUGAAGUUUGCACUCUUUGUUUUGACGAAAUGUCUUUGAAACACCAUCUACAGUACAAUCCAAAGUUGGAUUUGAUUGAAGGCUACGAAGAUCAUGGCGAUCAAGUAAGGAGCAGCAAAGUUGCCUCUUAUGCCUGCGUGUUCAUGGUUUGCGGAUUGAAAAAGUUUUGGAAGCAGCCUGUAGCAUAUUAUUUGAGUGGUACCGGCAUCUCAUCGGACAGACUUAAAAUUGUUUUGAAGGACCUUAUACGCAAGUUGCGCAGCAUAGGUUUGAAACCAAUGACGACAAUCUGCGACAUGGGGAGCACCAACGUCAAGGCUCUGAAGGAACUACGGGAUAAGCCGUAUGAUUGCUUCUUCAAAGUGGAUGACGAAGAAGUUGUCAUAAUCUACGACCCGCCGCACCUUCUCAAAUGCAUAAGGAACAUGCUCAUGAAACAUGAUGUCACCUGUAUUAUUGAUGCCGAAUUGAACGGGAAAAAAGGAGUCACUGGAACUGCUAAAUGGUCAGUUAUCGAGAAGCUCUAUGAGCUGGAGCAGCCAAAGUUCUUGUGUCGAAGAGCCCGAAAAUUGAAGUCAGCGCAUGUGUAUCCAAAGUAUGGGCAGCUGAUGAAAGUGAAUCUAGCAGCCCAAGUAAUGAGCCACUCCGUAGCUGUUGCCAUCCUUGCAUACGCAGCCAGAAAUGAGAUCAGCGAUGGUGUAGCUACAGCAUCAUUUUUAUUGGAAAUGGACAAUCUGCUAGACUCCGUUAAUGGGUACAAGCCUACCUUGCAAGACGGGAAGCGCCUUAAAACGCAGAUUAACAAGAGAAGUCCGCACUUAAAAUUCUGGGCGGAGGCAAAGAGAAGAAUUCGUAAGUGGAAAUUUGGGGGAUCUGAUCCACCCUCAAAAAGUGGAUGGAUCCGGUCUCUGACUGCAAUUGAGUAUCUGUGGAAGAAACUAGUUAAAAUGGGAUUUGAUCAUCUGUCACCAAGGCGCCUAAACCAAGAUUGUCUUGAAAAUCUUUUUGGUAUUAUUAGAUCUUUGUGCGGUGGUAACACCAGGCCCAACACCCCCCAAUUUAUAGGUGCCUUAAAAACAGCAGUAAUUAAUAAUGUUGCGUCUCUGGAUGCCAAAAACAUGAACUGCAAGUCGGAUGAUGCCCCCUAUUUAAGUAACUUAAGAAACUUGCUUGAUAAGUGCUGUCUUUCCUCCACAUCUGAAGAGGGUGUAACUGACAAUAGUGAGGUUGAAAGCGAGGACAGUCGAGAGACGGAUCCAGAAUUGAGUAAGGCUACUGCCGAAGAAGGAAUUGAGGAAGAAUUUAAUGUUUUGUGUAGAAAAGUGAAAGAAGACUUUAGGAAGAAUAGUAAGGAAAUGGAGAAGAGUAUGAGAAAGGGAGAGUCUGGCAUCCUAUCUAUUGCUUACGUUGCUGGUUUCAUUGCGGGUAGAAUACUCAAGAAAUCAAACUGUGACCAAUGUCGAGGUCUCAUGACUUCGAAAAACUCUGAAUUUUUCAAUGAAUUUAUAGAUUUUAAGGAAUAUGAUGACAAGCAACGCCUCAAUCGCCCAUCCCUUGAUAUGGCUGUCACGAUAGGGAAUUGUGCAACCCUUAUUGACAAAAUUCUUGACACCAAUGCCCAUCAGUCAAAUUUGAAGGCAGGCAUUAGCAGUGUUCUGCAAACUGAAAUAAAUUUUACUUGGCUGAAUGAAUGUCCGAAUCAUUUUGUGGAAAAUGUAAAUAGUAUCAAGAACUCCACCAUUUCGAUUUGGUUGAAUUGGUGGAUAAAUCGGAAAAAUAGGUCUUUCAGUGAUGACAAACGUAAAGUAAAAGAAAAGAUGGAUAAAAUUACCCAUAAAUAGUCAAGUGUGCCUAGUGCUAGUUUGCCGGUGUCGUUGCUAGACGCUUCAUGUAUGUAAAAUUGUAAAUUUGUAAAAAAUUGUAAAUCUGU